AUGGUUCUCAGAAAUACAAACUCACCAUUGACCUCGGAGUUCGAUGCCUUGGUACAGCAACAGAUGGACCAAUGGAAAGUCCCAGGACUAUCCAUAGCAGUGGUUCAUGGCUCCAGUACCUGGUCAAAAGCGUAUGGAUUGUCCGAGUUUCCUGAUCGCAAAAUGACCACCGAUUCUCUUUUCUCUACUUGUAGCACCACAAAAGCAUUCACUGCAGCGGCCAUGUCUCUUGCCAUUGACGAUAGCAAGAAUACGGAAACCCCCCUUCGCUGGGACACACCAAUUGCCUCCAUACUGAGAGAUGAUUUUGUGCUGGAAAACGACUAUAGCACAAUGCAUACUACCAUAGAAGAUGCUCUAUCGCACCGCUCAGGGUUACCAACCCACGACGCUUGUUUAAAUCUAGUGCAUCCCCAAAGAUCGCUACGCGAAGCAGUUCGCAACUUACGAUAUCUUCCUAUGGCCUAUGCUCCCCGCACUACCUUCUCUUACAACAACAACAUGUAUAUGGCGGUAUCGCAUGCAUUGGAACAAAUCGAAGGCAAGGCUCUCGGCGAGACUCUCAAGAGACGCAUUUGGGAUCCAUUAGAGAUGAACGAUACAUAUUUUUCCGUGAUAGAAGUCUCGCGGGACCCAUCUCUUAGUCCUCGACUCGCGCGGGGCUACACCUGGGACCCAGAUACAAACACCUACGUCGCAGAACCAUACAUGAACGAUGUCGCCGUGACUGGAGCCGGCGCCAUGGUGAGCAGCGUACUCGAGUACACCAAGUGGCUACGCGCGAUGAUCUACCAAAAGGGUCCGAUCUCACCACAGGGCCACGCAGAAAUCUUGAAACCACGCACGGUGAUCUCCAAUUCGGAAGAGCUAGUCGGACCCCCGGCCUGCCCGAACCAUCUCUAUGCCCUGGGAUGGUUUGUAGAUAGUUACCGCGGCGAGCCAUUGUACUGGCACAGCGGGAGCUGGCCGGGAUUCGGCAUCAUGGUAGGCUUUCUACCGAGCAAGGGCUUCGGCUUUGCCAUGAUGGGUAACACGACCAAUGCCCGACAUGCGCAAGUUGAGAUCUACAUGCACCUUCUAGAUCAGAAUUUCGGUGGAUCAGGGAUCCCGCCCUCAGUGGGCCAGGCGGCUGAACCAGAAAACAAAAAGAUCAAAGCAAAGUCCGAGUGUAUGAAAGAAGCCAUCAAAAGGCUUUAUCCCUCUCUCCCUGAUCCUGUUAUUUCCCAUUCGCUACCACUCAACCAGUAUGUGGGGACAUACGAGCACCCUGCGUACAGUUCUAUCACUCUAUCUCUCCAAAAUGGAUGUUUGGUUGCAGAUCUACUAGACCUUGCUAUACCUUCCCUUAUCACUCUCGCACAUGCAAGCGGGGAGUUCUUUGUGGCGCAUUACUACCAACCCAAAGAAAUUGGAUCGCUCUCUGGUUACUAUGCAACGGAAUUCAUAGUGGGUUCUAAUGGGAUUGCCACCGCGAUGGGUAUGGAUGUGGAGCCCGCUUUGAAUGGAGAGAAGAUGUGGUUCGAUCGCAAGUCCUGA